CAAGACUGUCGUAAUAAUACCGCACAACAACAAAAUAUCACUUUCACUAUUUCUCGAAUUCAGUACAAAUCAAUACCCGCCACACGAAAGAGUUGUGCGAAUUUUUUUUGCGGUUUUCCUAAAUACCAAUUAAUCGAGUAUUGUUCUUCUAUUGUCUAUCCAUCGAAGAUGAAGUCGUUGACUUUACUCUGCAUUUUAUUACCUUUUACUCUCGGAGACGUACUGUUUGUUAAACAAGAAGAACAAACACCACCCCCUCCGCCCAGACCGUAUGCUUUUGGAUAUGCAGCUGGAAGGUAUCCUGGAAACAUUGAUAGAACUCAUUCGGAAGUAUCUGAUGGUUCAGGUGUUGUACAAGGUUCAUAUUCCUACAUAGAUCCGAGGCACAAUAUUCGAACUGUGGACUACAUAGCAGACAAAAACGGCUUUCAUCCAAUUUCAAACGAUCACGUUCCCGAUCUACCCUCCGACACACCCGUAGUAGCAGCCGCCAAAGCAAAUCACCUUCUAAAAUAUACUGCUAUCGCUCACCAACAUCAAGCAGCACCGAAUCGGGUUAUCGUACCGGCCGAUACGGCCGCUGUACGGUACGCCAAAAGUAAACAUCUAAUUUUGUUUGAGAAAAUAGCUGCCGAGCAUGCUAGGUUAGCGGCCGAAGCUGAAGCUUCGAAGAGAAACGAAGAUGCUAGAAAGGGACCUAAUAAUAUCGGUUAUGGUACACACGAAUAUGAUUCAGAGUGAUUGAAAUGAUGAGAAAAUGAUAACUUGUUAAAUUAUUUUAUAGAUGUACAUACAACUUUAUAAAUUAACCAAAAUAUAAGUUACACUAUGUA